UUGAAAUAGCAAUAACAAUACAAACAAGAUCACCUUAUACAUAAUCCCAAUAAAUCAAGUCUUGGCUUUGCUAAAUCAACAAAAACAAGAUGGAUGUAAAACUUGGCACAGUCUUCACCUCCACACUCAUUCUAGUAUGUAUGCUACUUGCACUAAAAUUACUAAAAUGGGUCUGGCUGAGGCCGAGGAAGCUCGAGAAAUUUCUCCGAGAGCAAGGUCUCAGUGGCAACCCUUACAGACUCCUCAUCGGAGACAUGAAACAAUUGAUCGCAGUUAUGAAAGAAGAGCAGCCAAAGACGGUCAACCUCUCCGAUCCCAUUCUGCCUCAUAUCCUUCCGUUCUACACACAGAUCAUCCAAAAAUAUGGGCCGCGUUCGUUUGCAUGGUUUGGAGCUGCGCCCAGGAUCAACAUCGCGGAUCCAGAGCUGAUGAAAGAGAUUCUCACGAAACCUGGUGUGUUCCAGAAGCCCAGACCUGACCCGAUUGGGGAAACGAUCGUUGGGGGCCUUCUGUUUCUUGAAGAUGCGCAAUGGGUUAUGCAUAGAAAGAUCAUCAACGCCGCCUUCCAUAUUGAGAAGUUGAAAAAGAUGAUACCUGCAAUGUAUGCAUGUUGUUCGGAGAUGAUAGAGAAAUGGGGAGCCUUGGUUUCAAGAAACGGAAAGCAUGUGGAGAUGGACGUCUGGCCUUACCUCGAAGAUUUAUCAGGUGAUGUGAUUUCAAGGACUGCUUUCGGCUGCAGCCAUGAACAAGGGAGAAGAAUAUUUCAGCUGCAGAAGGAGCAAGUUAUGCUCAUUCUACAGCUGUUGAAGUUCUCGUUCAUCCCUGGAUGGAGGUACUUCCCCACCAAAACCAACAGAAGAAUGAGAGGUGUAUCGCGAGAGAUUGAGUCAGCCUUGAGGGGCAUCAUCAUCGAAAGAGAGAGAGCGGCCGAGAGGGGAGAAACCAUCCAUGAUGACUUGCUAGGCAUAUUAAUGGAAUCAAACAUGAAUGAGAUUCAAGAGCAAGGGAGCAAGAAGAUGGGCAUGAGCAUCGCGGAUGUAAUUGAGGAAUGCAAGCUCUUCUACUUCGCUGGAUCCGAGACCACAUCCAAUUUGCUCGUGUGGACGUUGGUGAUGCUCAGCAAACACCCACAUUGGCAAGCUCGUGCCAGGGAAGAAAUUUUGCAAGUUUUGGGAACGAAUCCACCUACUUUUGAUGCCCUCAACCAACUUAAAACGGUGAGCAUGAUUUUGCAGGAAGUUCUAAGAAUAUAUCCACCAGCACCGUUGAUCAUCCGAGCACCCACCAAGACAGUGAAGCUCGGAAACAUGACGGUGCCAGUGGGGGCAGAGUUAACUCUGCUAAUAGCCCAAAUGCAUCACGAUCCCGAGAUAUGGGGCGAAGAUGUGAACGAGUUCAGACCAGACAGAUUCGCAAAUGGGAUUUCGAGUGCAGCAAAGAUGAACUUCGCCUUCUUGCCAUUCAGCUCAGGCCCUCGCGUCUGCAUAGGCCAAAACUUCGCCAUGAUGGAGGCCAAGAUGGCGCUGGCGAUGAUGCUUCGGAGCUUCCACUUCAAAUUGUCAUCUUCUUACUUGCAUGCUCCAUUUCCGAUCAUGACGUUGCAGCCACAAUAUGGUGCUCCUUUGAUUUUGCACACCUUAUAAUUCAAAACUUUUUAGUACUCAUGAAACACGAUUACCAUUUACCCA